AUGACGACCGAGUCUCGUGGAGAUCUUCUCAUCAGACUGGGGAUUUUGCCUUUCCUUAUAUCCUCGGGGCAUCUUGUCCCCGUAAUAGGAUCUAUCCAUGUCGUGACUGGGUCUUACGAGUUCCCCAUAGCUCUUCUGAGCAUGAUAUGCGCAGCUACCUCUAUCGUUGACUCAUAUGACUCUUACAAGGACAUCCCAAUAUCAAAGCGACCGAAGAAGUGUAUAUGGCAGGCCUGGAUGUAUUCACUAUGGCUUGUGGUCCUUGUCACCACCUACCUUACCGGUGUUGAGACAUCCUUACGCAUGUACCGUUUCUCUCUGAUCGGACUUGGAUGGGGCACUCCAUGCAUCCCUCUCUUCUCGCCUUCGAAGGGCUUGCACCUAGUCAAGCCCAAGUCUCUCUUCUUCGAGGCCAAGUCUCUCGUCGUUGCCGUCUGCAUGACCUAUGUCACGGCUGACGUGGGCAUGUUCUACGGCUGUCAUGAAAGGACGACUGCCAAGUGCACAGAUAGCUCGCUCCGUGCACGCAGUCUCUGCCUCGUGAUACUCUACCAGUUCUUCCGGGAGACGGGCAUCUCCUUGCUUGGGGCGCGGUUUCUCUAUUGGGACUUGUUCCGAUAUUGUGGGCACAAGCAGCUCUCCUAG